UGUAAAUACAUAUAACAACAUAAUAAAUUAAUUUAACAACAUUUAACAUAAGUAAAGUUGCAGAAAAAAUGAGUCCACGUUUAUUACUUUAUUUUACCGCGUUUAUUGUGUUUCUAACUGACGUUUACCAAGCUAAGAUAGGUAAAUACAGUGAAUUAUAAUUGUUCAUUUAUUUGGAAAUAAAUUCUAAUGACAGUUGUGUUAAAUACUUGAACGUGGUCAAACUUAAGUAGUUUAAAGUGUUUUUAAAUGUCUGUGUAUAACCAAGAAUUUUAUUUAACUCUUCCGCCAGUCGAUUAUGAUUUAGCUAACGCCACAAAAUCCGAUGUUUUUUAUCGACUGUUUGUAAAUACAACAGACCAAGGAACUUAUUUAACAGAAGACAAUUUAGAUGACAUAACACUUAACACUGAACUGCCUACGGUUUUGUUGAUCCACGGUUGGACCACCGAUGACACUUCGCCAUGGUAUGCUCCGUUAAAAGACGCCUUUUUUAAAAAAGGAUCAUAUAACGUUCUAUAUGUGAAUUGGAACAAAGCUGGAAAUUUAUCUUACGACGUAUCUUGUGCCAACACAAAACCAGUCGGUUUGUACAUGGCGGAAUUCUUGAUCAAAAGCAAAAUUCAACCUGAAAAAAUUCAUUUAAUUGGACAUUCGUUGGGUUCACAUUUAACAUCUUGGAUCGGAAAGUAUUAUUUUAAACUGACGUCAAACAAAAUCGGGAGGAUAACCGCUUUGGAUCCAGCAGGUCCGAAAUUCCAAAAUCCUUUGAUGACUCCUGAUCUCAGAUUGUGUGAAACUGAUGCAGAAUUUGUUGAUGUUAUCCAUACUGAUAUUCAGUGGUAUGGAUAUACAUUACCUAUCGGAGACGUGGAUUUUUAUCCUAAUAAUGGUGGAAAGCAACCUGGUUGUCCUAGUCGCCUUGUAGACGAUAAUUGUAGUCAUGCCAGAUCAACCUUGUAUUUCAUAGAAUCUGUGCUAACUGAAGUUGUGGCAAAAGAAUGUAAUGUUACAGUGAGUGGAUUUGAAGUGGACGUCAAAGAAAUUGCAGAAGGUCAAAAAACAUUAUUUGGAUUGAAUGUCGAUCAAAAAUCUAGGGGAUCAUUUGUUUUCACCACCAAUUCUGAAAGCCCAUUUUUAAUUAAUGAUGUAUCUGUAAACUAAUAAAAAAUAU